AUGUCGGGCGCAGGACCGAGCCUCUACCCGGGCGAGUUCCCCAAGUGGGCCGUCUUCAGAUUCCCUCCGGACGCCGCACCGCCUGCCAUCCCCCCGCCCGUGGCCGACGCGCCCUUCACCAGCUUCAGGAACCCGUUCCCCAUCCCCGCCAACAUCUACAACGCCGUGCUGCAGCCCAUCGUCCCCCUGACGGUGGCGGCCGUGUACGCGACGACCAUCUCGCUGCUCAACGCCUACAACCGCAAGCAUGGGAACAAGCCGUGGGCCAUUAGCAAGACGCGCGCCUUCUACAUCUUCGUCAUCUUCCACAACGUGUUUCUGGCCGUGUACUCGGCCGUCACCUGCUGGGCCAUGAUCCGCUCGCUCAAGCAUGCCAUCCCGCACUACACCGAGCCGAACGCGCUCGUGGGCACCGUCGAUGCGCUGUGCAAGAUCCACGGACCCCGCGGUCUCGGUGACGCCGUCACAUACAACUCGGAGACGCAGCAGUGGCAGAGCACGAACCGCAACAUCCAGCUGGACCCCAACGGCCUCCCCCAGUCGGACGACCUUGGUCGCGUCUGGAACGAGGGUCUUGCCUUCUGGGGCUGGAUCUUCUACCUGUCCAAGUUCUACGAGGUCAUCGACACGCUCAUCAUCAUCUUCAAGGGCAAGCGCAGCACCACGCUGCAGACGUACCACCACGCUGGUGCCAUGUUGAGCAUGUGGUCUGGCAUUCGCUACAUGUCCCCUCCCAUCUGGAUGUUUGCGCUCGUCAACUCUGGUAUCCACGCCAUGAUGUACACAUACUACACCGUCUCCGCUCUGGGUGUCCGCGUCCCCCAGGGCAUCAAGCGCACGCUCACCACCAUGCAAAUCACCCAGUUCCUCGUGGGCGUAACCUUCGCAGCCCUACACCUCUUCGUCUCGUACACCGUCCCCGUCUCCGUCGCUUAUGAAGUCGCCGAGAACGUUCUCCCCAAGCUCAACGCCUCGUCCAUCGCCUCAGCGGCGUCGUCCGUUGCCUCGACUGCCGUCCCUGCCGCCACCGGCGCUGGUCUUGCUUUCCUCAAGAAGUGGAUCUACCGCGCCGCUGGUGACGAGGGCCUCGCUGAGAACGUCUACGCUGCCCCUGCCACAACUCCCGCAGCUUUCGCUGGAGCUCCCCAGCAUGCCCAGCACCCCAUUCAGCACGCAACCCACACCCGCACUGUUUACCGCACCCAGUACGAGCACGUUCCUUGCAUUGACACUUCUGGUCAGGCUUUCGCCAUCUACCUCAACCUCAUCUACCUUGCCCCUCUGACCAUCCUGUUCAUGCGCUUCUUCGUCAAGUCUUACAUGCGCCGCGGUGCUCCUAACACCAAGCACCGCACGACACAGCAGCACAUCGCCAAGUCGACCCGCGACGCCAUCCACGGCGUGGACCGCGAGAUCGAGUCGCUCGGCAAGUCGGCCGAGGACGGCGUCGACGCAUUCGUGAACGGCCGCGGGCGCCCCGCAGCCAACGGCGAGAAGAAAAGCGCGAAGCCCAACGGAGAGCAAAGGAAUGGUAAUGGUACACUCAGCCCUGAGAAUCGCAAGUUCGUCGACUCACUUAAUAUGAAGGUUAGCCAGGAGCUGGAGCGCAUCGGGGAAGACGACGUAGGGAGUCGGGAACGCGCGAGGAAAUUGGCGAAGGAGGCAGUUGGGGGCACGCCGAAGAAGGAGAGGGGGUUCAGUCCCGAGGGCGACCAGACGGCAAUUCUGGGGAGGCCGAAUGCAGAGUAG